AUGGCCAUUCUUUUUACUCCACAUACCCGUGCUAUACACCCUGCGAAACGUAUGCGGCGUUCCGCCACAGCCGUAAUGGCAGGCACUUUUGAUAUCCGCCCGCCUAGAGACGCUUUGACAAGCUUGUUGAAUGGUGUUGGACCAUACAAAGAGGUCGAAAGAGACGAGGAGGAGAGGAAGUUGAGGAAAAAAGAGAAGAAAGAACGUGAUAGAGAGAGGAAACGGGCAAAGGUGGCUGCAAAAGCACGACAGAAGGAGUUAAUUGGGGGAGGAAGCGCGACAACAGACGGCAAGCUGGCCAGCACGAGUUCUAUUCCGCAGCCGCAGCCGCCUGCCGCCAGCACCUCCUCGUUUUGGCGCGCAAGGCCAACCAUUCAUAUUCCGGCGAUGCAGCGAUCGGUGUCGGUCACACCCUCACCUGCAAACUCGCCCUUGCCAUUGCUCGACACACCAGGCUCGACUCCAGGGCCAUCUAUCUCUUCGAGCACAUCGCGCACAUCGUCCAAAAGACCACAUACGCCUGAUGAUGAUGAAGACCUUGGCACAGAGGCCACUCUCUCUGCACCGCCAAGGGCUCAACAUCGGAGAAAACGUGUUGCGACGAAGAAAGGGUGGAAGGGAUGGGUGGAGGGCUCCCCGCCGCCAUCAGAAAAAUUGAUCAACUUAGACGCUGUUCCAGUCCUUCAGGAACGGCGAACGCGUAGUGGGAAAAAUUUCGAUGCCAUCGGUGUUGGCAAGGAGGGAUGGGUCUGAUUUAGGAUACCCGUCAAGAGGACAGCCGGCGUUAUCCAUAGAUUUUUAGGCGAUUCCUCUCGUCGCCGUUGUCGUUGUCGUCGUCGUUGCAAGGAUGGAACACACCCCAGAUAUCCGCACCGAUUAUCUCCUUGUCAUCGCGUGCUCCUUACGUCGCUGGUGUCUCCAGUUAUUUUCUACUUCUCUAUGUCCUCGUUCAUCGCGUUGUAUCUGUUUUUUUUUUUGCAAGCUGAUCUGUAGUCUUCUUGCCUUAGCUUUCUCUAUCAACAUAAAGUAUCUGUGUUCUAGUUUACAAUUUUUUUCCACCUUGCUCCAUCCUGUGUAAAUGCUCUAAGAGUGCCUACCCAUUGUAGCUUUC